AAGCUUUAGGCAUAAAAUUACGGGAAUAAGGGAGUCGAGUUGGUGGCGGGAUGAUGUUUGCCUCACGACGUGUUCUCCUUUUCCUUUGUGGAUCAUCCUUUUGCUCUCUUUUUGUGUCUUUAUUCCUGGUCAGAACUACCGUUCGUAAUAAUCUGCACUUCACGGUACGAACUCAUGAUCUGCGCAAUUCACAAGAGACGAUUGGGCACAUUUCGCUUUCCCAAGGAAUGCGAAUGAUGCCUACGUUUAAAAAUGAUACACCUACCACCCUGAAAGAAAUCAUGGCUAGGGAGCAGGAGAGGAGACUAUCUCUUCUACGUGAUGGCUGCAAACAUUUCAACAAAUCUCACCGGAAUCCUGUGGACUACAGUCACAUGCUUGUGAACGAUGCACACGGAAUCCUCUUCAACUUCAUCCCUAAAGUGUCGUGCUCAACGUGGAAACGAAUUUUCAGGAAGCUGUAUGUGCACAACAAGACGGGACAUUUCAAGCUGGGCGCAUAUUCGGCAGAAGAAAAGAGCACCCGAAUUGCUAAUUACCGCAAAGUUCUUUUCGUUCGGGAUCCGAUGAGUCGUAUACUCUCGACAUACAUGAGCAAGUUCUGCGCUCUUGCUACGGGCAACGACUCCCGGUUGCAGCGUUCGUGGGAGAACUGGUAUGGACGAGAUAUUGUUAAACGGUACAGAGGUAUAAAGGUGAAAACUUUGAAGGGUGGAGAGCAUUUGAAUAUUACAAUGACCGAAUUUAUGAACUACAUUGUCGACGUGGGGAGUGGCAUAAAAAUGACCCCAAUAAAUGAUCACUGGCUACCGCAGAAUGUCGUGUCUCAUCCGUGCCAAAUCGGGUAUGACUUCAUUGGUCAUUUUGAAGAUCUUUCUGUUGAAGGUCCGUACGUUCUAAAAUGGCUGAAAGUUGACCACUUGGUCCAGUUCCCCAAAUACCACGUCUCGAAAGCAGUGGAAAAUCUUGUUAAAUAUUACAAGGAGGUACCACUUGGUGUAGUUCAUAAAGUGACUGGAUACUAUGAAAAAGACUAUAAACUAUUUGGAUACUCAGCAGAUAAUAUUGCCAGUCAGCUAACAAAAGGCCUCUUUGGCAAAUAUGAUCAGGAAAGAAUUUCCCAGCAUUAGUUUCAGAGCAAAUCGGUUAGAAUACUUUGGAAUAAAAAAGAAUCACUAAAAUCGUCCGUCCGCUAGCUGUAAUAACAGCGACCAAUAUGGAUUCUGCUUGUUGAAAAAUCGGUUUUGCUGUUUCUGUCGAUGUACAAAGAAAAGAACCAAAUGUUUGACUUUUUCAAUAGGGCAAGUUUCCUAUAAAAUUGUUCUAUAAAGUAUGAAUACAACACGGAGCCCCUAGAGGGACAUCUAAAAUGUUUUUUUUUAUCUCGUGCGCACGAGAAAAUAAGCCGUGCGCAUGACAUAUUAUCUCGUGCUCACGAAAUAAUUUGGGAUUUCCUGGAAGCCAUUUUUUAAGGAACGCCGUCACAUCGCUGGCAAAGAGACUGCAGACUCAGUCACGUCGCUGGCAGAGACAGCAGAUUUCAGUAAAGUGUGAGCCAAAAAAAAGCCUUUCAUUAGAUCAUAUCAAUAUGAUGUAUAGGUUUUGAAGAAUAUACCCGUCAGCACAGUUUUAAUUAAAAUGUAUUUUGUCCUUUUUUAUUUUGACAUCGUAGUACAAGAAGUAGUCAGAGAUGAAUGGAUUUUGCCGUGUGACAUUUUAUGUAAUUUGAGUUCGAGUAGUGUAGUAUUGAUGAAAUGAAUAUUUUUUCACGUUUUUGUACACUGCUCCACA